UUUUAGUCAACCAUGGCUGCUUGGCUCACUUGUUAUCUGUUUUCUUGUGAAAAUUAUGCGAUAAACAUAUCUUGAAGAAGCACCUAGCAUAAAUUGCCAUUUCCAACUUCUUCAUUGAAUUAGCUUCGAGCCAGAGCCACUUAGCCAUCUUGGUGCCCCAGGAUCGACAUUUUUCGAGCCAUGGAGAAAAAUGAUACAAAAUCUCUUCACAUAGCAAUGUUUCCAUGGCUAGCAAUGGGUCAUCUCAUCCCUUUCUUUCACUUAUCCAAAAUCCUAGCACAAAAAGGCCAUGAAAUCUCAUACAUUUCAACUCCAAAAAAUCUAGAUAGAAUUCCGAAAAUACCUCCAAAACUUUCUAAUUUGAUCAAACUAGUCCCACUUCCCUUUCCUAAAAUAGAAAGUUUGCCAGAAUUCGCAGAGUCUUCAAUGGAUAUACCUUACCAAAAAGCCCAGUUUCUAAAAAUAGCAUUUGAUCAUCUAGAAUCACCUCUAGUCAAUUUUCUUAAAACCGCAGACCCAAAAAUCGACUGGGUUAUCUUCGAUUACGCGUCUCAUUGGCUACCGAAUAUUACAUCAAAACUUGGUAUUUCUAGUGCUUAUUUUAGUCUCUUUACAGCUGCAACUCAGGCUUUUCUUGGACCUCCAUCGUUAUUGUUAAAUGACAAAUUUACUAGAUCAAAACCUGAGGAUUUUUGUCGGGUACCCGAAUGGAUACCAUUUGAAUCGGAUAUAAGGUACCGGAUCCAUGAAGUUACAAAGUACACGGAAGGCGCGGUUGGGAAUGAAUCAGGUGUGUCGGAUACUGAAAGGUUUUUAGUCUCAAUAGACCGUUGCGAUUUAGUUUUAUUUAGAACUAUUUAUGAGUUUGAACCCGAGUGGUUUGAUCUCGUUUGUCAACUAUAUCAAAAGCCCGUUAUACCACUUGGCGUUCUGCCCCCGUUGUUAGAAAACGGUGAGCUUGAGGGUUAUGAAAAUUUUAAAAAAUGGUUAGACGCACAACGGGUUAACUCGGUUGUUUAUGUGGCACUAGGAAGUGAGGCGGUAUUGAGUCAAGUUGAACUCAAUGAAUUGGCUCUAGGUUUAGAACGUUCGGGUUAUCCUUUCUUUUGGGCUAUAAGAAAGUCAAUAGUUGAGUCAACUCCAUUUCCUGAUGGGUUUCUUGAGAGAAUCAAGGGUCGAGGGAUCGUUUAUGUUGGUUGGGUACCUCAAGUUAAGAUACUUAGUCAUUCAUCGAUAGGCGGAUUCUUGACGCACUGUGGUUGGAACUCGGCUAUUGAAGGACUCACAUUUGGGCGGGUUUUGAUCUUUUUUCCGGUUAUGAAUGACCAAGGUUUGAAUGUGAGGUUGCUAAGUGGGAAAAAAUUGGGUGUUGAGAUUCUUAGAAACGAGCAAAAUGGAUGGUUUACACAUGACAUGGUUGCCGAAUCGAUCAAAGUCGCAAUGUCAGGUGAAGGAGGUGAGCGAUUAAGGGCAAAUGUAGCACGAAUAAUGGAAAUGUUUGGAGAUAAGAGCAAGAAUGAUCAUUAUAUUGAUUCUUGUAUACAUAACUUGGUGAAUAUGGGGAAAUAAUGAUUUUUUUUGUAAUUUAUUUUGACGUAAUAAG